GCUUUGACCUCGAGUAACAUAGGAUAUAUUUAUUGCUAUAAUCUAAAUAUUCUGAAAGUAGUUCCCAGGUGAGGGUAACAAAAAGACUCCGGAGAAUCUUAAUCUUAAACUAAAAAUCGUCAAAAUAUUAGAAAUAUACAAGCUCACUUCAUAAUCCGAGAGAAAGACAUCGGACACCAAAGACCACACUCAAAAAUGUAAACAAAAAUAUCACGUGAUCUUGAAAUGAUAUCACGUGAUCAGAGUGCGAUCAUUGACCUGUAAACAAAAAUAUCUCGUGCCCUUGAUGUGACAUCACGUGAUCAGGGUGGGGUCAUUGACCUUUAAACAAAAAUAUCACGUGAUCUUGAGAAGUCAUCACGUGAUUAGGGUGGAGCCAUUGACCUCACUCAAAAAUGUAAACAAAAAUAUCACGUGACCUUGAAUUGACAUCACGUGAUCUGGGCGGGGUCAUUGACCUGUAAACAAAAAUAUCACGUGAUCUUGUAAUGACAUCACGUGAUCAACGUGGGGUCAUGGACCUGUAAACAAAAAUAUCACGUGACCUUCAUGUGACAUCACGUGAUCAGGGUGGGGUCAUUGACCUCACACAAAAAUGUAAACAAAAAUAUCACGUGACCUAGAAUUGACAUCACGUGAUCUGGGCGGGGUCAUUGACCUGUAAACAAAAAUAUCACGUGAUCUUGAAAUGCCCUCACGUGAACAGGGUGGGGUCAUUGACAUGGGGUAACCGGAUAUGAUGUUACCAGAACCGGAAAUGGGGCAUCCGGAAACGGUUUGGAUAACUAUAUUGCCGGAACCGGAAAUGGGAUGGCUGAAUAUUGGUUACUGAAACUGGAAGUGGUGCAUCCGGAAACGGAAAGGAUAUGGGAUAACCGAUGGAACUAGAUAUGGGAAUGAUUUGUCGGAACCUGAAAUGAAGCAACCGAAUACAGAGUGAAAUUGGACAGGAAACGUCCCUUCUCCAGAAAGUUCUUAGUGACGGAAACAGCGUCAGCUUCAGGGCUUAACAUAAAUGUUUCCUGUUCUUAGAAGACUUCGGUUUGUAUCAUAUCCGCCGUUUUCCGUUAUGAGUCUUCCGUUUCCUGCAAUUGUUAUCGAUAUUGGUGUAAAGUUUUAUUCCGCUAUCUUCAACGGACACCAAACAUCGUAAUCAAGAUUUAGCUCAUUACAAAUAAAAUAUAAUUUCAUGAUCGAAUUUUCUUAAUUUUACUUUUUUAAAUGAACCCACGCCAGAAAAGGGAAGUACAUACAUACAUAUGUAUGAGAGCGUGUGUAAAAAUUUAUAACAUUUGAAAUGUUUGUUUAAACCCGUGCGAAGCCGGAGCGGUCGGCUAGUUUUAUUAUAAAAGCACCUGAAAUCAGAAGAAAUUUGUCGAUGAUAUUCCAGAAUAGAAUCAAACUGCAUUUUUAUUGCCAAUACAGUCUAUUGUACGUAACCGGAAUGAUCCUGGGUUUAAAUCUCUCAAAAUAUCGUGGGAAAACAUCUCGGGAAGCCUUAAGUUAUCGUUUAACUUCCGGCUUCUGAGCCUUUGAAUUACUAUAUCUACCUAUCUUAGCUUCGUUUUGAAUUUCUGAUCGCACUUUGAACCGAUUUUGAGUGAUAUUAGCGCAUGUUGAUAGACGGAUGUCGUUCUUAUUUAGAACUAGCUCGUUUUACGAGGUUCUGGGAAUUUGUCGACAGCAAAUUAUUGAUGGAUCAUCAUAGAUCAAAUUAAGCGUCUCUAUGGGGUCAGAACCGUCUGCGUGUACCUUUGGAUAUAUCCUAAAAGUAAAAUUUGUUCAAUUGAAUCCAUUCGCGUCGGAAUUGAGAUGAUUUUUAAAACAUCACCUAUCAAACUUUAUUUCCGUCGGUGGUGACUUUUAGAGUUAGAUCCUUAGCAAAUUCUAACGAUAGUAAACUCGAUAGUUUGUCUUCCCCUUUUUCUACCGUAAUUAAGUGGAUACAAUAUUUUUUCGAUACGAAACUACAUUACUGAAAAGUUACUACAUUACUCAACUGCUAUAAUUUAUUUCCAAACACAUACAUACUUACAUACACAUAUGUCUGUAUGUCAUGAGUCUAGAUUUUCGAAUCAAAACAAAAGCACUGACAAUCGGAAGAAAAAUUAUUUGCGAGUAACAAAACAUUAAUUAUUGUACAUAUUUUUGAUUCGUUUCAAUUUCUGUUCGAUAUAAUGCCGUUAAAGCUAACCCAUGUACAGCGCUGCGUUAUCUCGAUGAUAGUUUACAUUGUGUGCUUCGUUCUUGAAAUUAUCGCUUUUGUGUUAUUACACGACGCGGUCGACAGCGACUGUGUUGCAGCACGUGAGAUCUCUUCAAUUAUAUGGUGGUCAAUGAUCUUCAUCUUUAUACCAAUUAUACCGGAUAUUUUGUUCUGUCUCAUGGGCAUACUAAUAUCAGAGCCAUACUAUGCGGCAUUGGGCGGCUGUUAUAACAUUGUGAUGGGCUUAUUGUGCAUACUAGCCUGCCUUUUUGGCUUUCUCGCAAAUACGGGUUGCGGCAAUCCAAUACAAACGACAAUAGAAGCUGUCGCUAUCAUUGAGCUUAUUGCCGGCAUAAUACAUCUGGUAUUCGUGUGGUUUGUGCAUGAAAAUCUCGAUGAAGGCGAAGUUUUAUUUCGUAAAACUUGUUAAAGAAAUUAUUUGAUACAAAUGUUUAACUAAUAUAUGAGAAUUUAAUAUUAUAACAAAUGG